AUGGUCAACCUCAGAACACAGAAGCGCCUCGCGGCCUCGGUCCUUGGAUGCGGUAAGCGCAAGGUCUGGCUCGACCCCGCCGAGCAGAACGACAUUGGCAACGCCAACUCGCGUGCCAACAUCCGCAAGCUCAUCCGCGACGGCCAGAUCAUCCGCAAGCCCGUCGUCGGCGGCUCGCGAUCGCGUGCCCGCGCCACCGCCGCCGCCAAGCGUGCCGGCCGUGGUACCGGACAGGGUCACCGCAAGGGUUCGUCGGAGGCCCGCAUGCCCACCAAGGUCAUGUGGAUGCGCCGCCAGCGUGUCCUACGCCGUCUGCUGCGCAAGUACCGCGAGUCGGGCAAGAUCGACAAGCACCUCUACCACGAGCUCUACCUCAAGUCCAAGGGUAACGUGUUCAAGAACAAGCGUGUCCUCAUGGAGCACAUCCACAAGGCCAAGGCCGAGGCUGCCCGAUCCAAGCACCUUGCCGACCAGAUGGAGGCCCGCCGUAUGCGCAACAAGGCCAUGCGCGAGCGCCGUGCUCAGCGUGUGCUCGAGAAGCGUGCUGCCAUCAUCGCCGUCGAGAACGAGGCCGAGGAGAAGAAGUAA